GCAUCAUGAAUGCAGCGAAGAGAGAGAGGAGCAAAGGCGCCCAACAACUGGACUGCCUUACCAAGGAGAUCAGCGGUCCACUGGGUCGCUACGUGCGCCUCUUCCCCCCCCGCUCCCACCUGCACCCCUUCGAGCGCUGCCUGGUGGAGCUCACCCUGGGCGAGGGCGAGUACGAAGAGGUACUCUCUCGAGUGGACGCUCUGCGCAAGAGGGUGCUGGACGUGGGCAAGAAUGCUGCCAGCCUUGUCAACAAGACGAGCACAGUGAAGGAGGCGGAGCAGGCCACCACACAGGGCAUGGCGCAGGUGGAGGAGCUGUACACGCGCAACAGCCACGUGGUGGAGAGGCUCAAAGAGAUCACCAAGAGGCUCCGAGCCAUACCGGUGGUUCGGCCGGACCUGCCCACGCUGUGCCUGGUGGGGGCGCCCAAUGUGGGCAAGUCAUCACUAGUGCGCGCCAUCUCGUCUGGCAAGACUGAGGUGUGCAACUACCCAUUCACCACGCGCGGCAUCAGCAUGGGGCACUUCUAUGUGGACGGCCAGAAGCACCAGGUCACAGACACACCAGGCUUGCUCUCCCGCCCUGAUGAGCAGCGCAACAGCAUAGAGCUGCUCACCAUAGCAGCCAUCACCCAUCUGCCCACGGCUGUGCUUUUCGUUCAUGACCCCUCGGAGGAGUGCGGUGUCAACCGGUUGAAGCAGUAUCAAUUGUACAGCGAGAUAAAGACAAGAUUUGCCGACCGCGUGUGGAUCGACGUGAUAUCCAAGUGCGACCUGCCUGCUGCUGCUCCCACGGAGGAGCCUCCAGGCGGCCAAUCAGAGGAGGCGGAUGGGGAUAGAAGAAGUGGUUCGGACAGGAGGGAUACCGCUGCGGUGCUGCUGGGUGAAGCCGAGGCAGUGCGGGAAGCACAUGGGGAGGAGAGCGCAGAAGUAGCAGUGAGAGCAGCAAGCGUGGCGGUGGCGUGGGAGGAGUACAAGGCUCACGGCGGACCGGCUGCGGCCCUGCGAGUGUCAACCAUGGCGGGUGUUGGUGUGCAGGAGUUGGUGCAAACCAUACAGGCCAUGCUGUGUGCCCACUUUCUUGGAUCUGCUGACUCAUCCCUGCCUGCAUCGCUCGUCACCCCGCCCACUGCCACACCCUCACAAUCCCUGCUGCCGACUCAACCUGCACACACGGAAGGUUCCAUGUUGCUUUCGGACGAUUCGGCAGAACAAAGUUCUAGGCACAGUUUGGAGGCCCUGGAGGGAGAGAAUGAUACGGGUGGUGGAUCGGGCAAAGCAGGGAAGAAAGGCAAAGCUAGUGACUUCUAUUACCCCCCACUGCCUUCUCACAUGAUGAAAGGUACAUGA